UAUCAGGGCUCAGGCUGAGACACGGGGCCCAGACCCCACCAGGUGCCCGGCAUGUGCCCAGCUCAGCCAGGGUCCCUGGAGUGCCUGGGCAGGGGGAGCUGGAUUCCCAAGGUCUGGGCAGGGACCCCCCUUUAGCCCAUUUUCCUCCCCCCUUCUUUUGUCCCACCUCCUCCAGCAUGCAGGGCGUGUCCCCCCGACUAGUCUCCUCCCCCUGGGGGCGGGGCUAUGGAAAUAAGCCGGGGUAUAAACCCCCGCGCGGGGCAGGGCGCAGCGGCUUGGAGCGCAGGGCGCACGGGGGCGCAGCCGGUUCUGGAGACCCCCCGCGGCUCCCGCCUCCGCCCACUUCCCGCAAGGGGCCCGGCCCUGUUCGGACCAUGCCCCCCCCAGGAGCUGCUGCCCGGGUACCCGCCUGCGCCCCCGGUGCCCCCGCACCGGCCCCCGCCCGGGCUGGAGCUCCAGUGCGUCCUGCUGGGGGACGGCGCCGUGGGCAAGACCAGCCUGGCGGUCAGCUACAGCGCCAACGGGUACCCGGCGCGCUACGUGCCCACGGCGCUGGACCGCUUCUCGGCCGUGGUGCAGGUGGACAGCGCCCCCGUGAGGCUGCAUCUCUGUGACACGGCGGGGCAGGACGAGUUUGACACGCUGCGGCGGCUCUGCUACACCAAGGCAGACGUCUUCCUCCUCUGCUUCAGCGUGGUGGCCCCCGCCUCCUUCCAGAACGUGGGGGAGAAGUGGGUGCCGGAGCUGUGCCGGCUCUGCCCCGCUGCCCCCCUGCUGCUGGUGGGCACCCAGUGCGACCUGCGCCAGGACGUCCAGGUGCUCAUUCAGCUAGCCCGGCGCCGGGAGAAGCCGGUGGCCGAGCCGGCGGCCCGGGCGCUGGCCCAGAAAGUGGGGGCCGUGGGCUACGUGGAGUGCUCGGCGCUGACCCAGCAGAACCUCAAGGAGGUGUUCGACACGGCCAUCCUGGCGGGGCUGCGGCACGCCGAGGCCCGGGGCCGCCGGGCGCGCAGCACGGCCAGCAAGGUGCGGACGCUCUCCAAGGCCUGGUGGAAGAAGUACGUCUGUGUGCGGUAGCCGGCGCCCCCCCCCCCCCACAGUGUCCCACGGGGCACCCUCCACCUGGGGGCUGAAGGGCGCUCUGCAGCGUGGGGGGCUGGGCUGAGAACAGACAACUCGAUCCAGGUGUGGAUUCAAGAGCCUCCGGGUGUUUGCCGGCGGGAUGGAGACAGGCCCCGGGCCGUGCGGGUGGCUGUGCCGGGCUCCGGACUCCCCCACCCUGGCCCAUGUGGGUUGUGCUCCUGGGCUGCCGGGCUGCCUGGCCCCCCACAAAGGGGUCCACAUUCAGAGCAGGGGCUGGUUCCCCGCUGUCGGGGGAGCCAGAAUCUCAUCCCUCCAGCUGCCUCCCUGCAGGACAGCCUGCCUCGGCUGAGGGUGGGGCACAAGCCCCCUCAGCACAGCCCCUUUUGCAGAGGAUUUUGGUUUGUGUGGGGCACGGAGGGAACCGCUGCAGGAGGAUCGCCCCGCUGGACUGGGGAGGAGCAGAACCAGCGCCCCCAAACCGGCCCGGCCCCACGGCUGGGUUUAAACCCUCCCCCUCGCUGGGCACUUUGCGGAGGGGACUGGCCGGGGCAUGGGGGGGGCGUACGGUGGGGGGCUCAGCCGGACCCUCCCUCCCCCUCGCAGUCUCUAGGCGGGGUCAGAUCCAGCUGCAGCCGCGGACCGGAGCUUCCUGCGGGUGUGGCAGGCUGAGGGGGCCG